UUUUUCUCUCUCUCUCUUUUUUUUUUUUAUUUUUUCUCUUUUUGGUAGAAUAUGGAGGAAAAAAACGAGAUACCAAAGGAAUCGGUUCUAAUUGAUUCAAAUAUAUCAAAUACCCAGCUCCCAACCGAAAACAAUGGAAAAAGCAAUUCAACCGAAGAAUCUACUUCAUCGACGGAUAAAUCGAGCAAAGAACAAGCUACUGUUGAAGAGUGUGUUACAGCUGAUGAGCAGAAAAAAAACAAUAAAGGAAAGACGAUGGCCCGUGUAUUAACCUUUGUUGGACUCCAAGUUUCCCUCUUCUUAGCUGCCCUAGAUGGCACUAUUGUAUCGACUUCUUUACCUCGUAUUGGUUCUGAUUUCAACCAAAUGUCGAUCGUAUCUUGGGUUGCUACUGCAUAUAUCCUUACAUUUGAUGCAUUUCAACCUUUAUUUUCAAAAUUCUCUGAUAUUUUUGGACGCAAAUGGAUUUUAAUGUUUGGUAUAAUUAUCUUCCUUCUAGGCUCAGUUCUAUGUGGUGCUGCUAAGAAUAUGAUUAUGCUUAUUGUGUGUAGAGCUGUAGCAGGUAUAGGUGCUGCAGCUAUCUUUUCAAUGGUGUUUAUUAUUUUCUCCGAUUUAGUACCACUUGAUCAAAGAGGCAAAUACCAAGGAGUUGUAAAUGCUGUGUUUGCUUUGUCAAGUGUAUUUGGGCCUUUAAUUGGGGGCUCCUUUACUGACUAUGUAACAUGGAGGUGGAAUUUUUAUAUCAAUCUUCCUAUUGGCGCUGUUGCUAUGGGUCUCUUAUUUGUAUUUUUGAAAUUGCCCACACCAGAAGAUAAACUCUCAGACAAGUUAAAACGUGUUGAUUAUGCAGGUACGAUAAUUGUCUUGAUGUUUUCUACAUUGUUCUUACUUGCACUCAAUUUUGGUGGCCAGACUUUUCCCUGGAAAUCAGCUGCUGUCAUUGUUCCUCUUGUUCUUUCUAUCCUAUUGGUUGGACUUUUGGCCGUUGUUGAAAGGAAGUUCGUAAAGGAGCCCUUAAUGCCACCUCGUCUAUUCAAGAAUCGAUCUGUUGUGAGUGUCUUGGUAACCAACUGGUUUUUUGGCAUGACCUUCUUUUCUGCUAUUUAUUAUUUACCCGUCUAUUUUCAAGUUGUAAGACACGAUUCAGCCAUGUGGUCAGGUAUUCGACUUAUUCCCAUGCAGAUGGUUAUAUGUGUACUUUCUACUUUUGUUGGAUUUUUCAUUUCUAAAACAGGAAUCUAUAAACCAUUAAUAUCCAUUGGCAUGGCGUUACUUACGAUAUGGAUUGGUCUAAUUAGCUUAUUUGAUCAUGACACCCCUUGGUCUCGUGUUUAUGGUAUCACAAUAAUCGGCUCUGGAGGCCUUGGCUGUCUUUUCUCAUCUACUAUCAUUGCUCUUCAAGCAUCAGUAGAAAAAAAAGACAUUGCAGUCGUUACUGGUUUAGGCAACUUCUCUCGAAUUCUCGGCGGUGCUCUUGGUAUUGCUAUAUCUUCAACUGUACUCAAUACUCAACUAACAGAUGAGUUACCUAAAGUGAUACCUUAUGACCAAGCAAUUAUCGUCAUUCAAUCAUCCGAAUAUGUCAACAAUGGGCUUCCAAAGGAAUAUUUAGAUGUUACUCUAGAAGUUUAUGUUAAGGCUCUUCAAUUGAUUUGGUAUGUCUUCAUUCCAAUGGCUGGCUUAGGUUUUAUUGCCUCUUUCUUCAUCAAACAUUAUUCAAUUCAAAGACAUAAAAUGGAAGCAGCUACAGAAAAACAAGAAAUAGCUUCGUCUGACGAAAGGCCAGUUACUGUUAGAAUAUCUCAUGAAGAAUAAGAUGAGCUAAACUGUAGAAAUGAGAGAAAAUGCUUAAAGACAUUAAGAAAUGCCCCCCCUUUUUUCCCUCAUACUAAUACACUUAUUUGUUUUUGUUGCUAUACUGUUAUAUUAUACAAUAAGCUAUAAUUAAUCUAUAAAUA